AUGAUGAUUUUACACAGGUUUCGAUUGGGAUAGCGAUAUUUUGUGUUUUCUUUAUUAUCAAUGUGUGUUUUUUGUUUGAUGAAAUGUUUUUUCAGAGAAGAAACCUUUAAUUUGAAGCAGAUAUCCGGUUAUUUCUCACAAAAUGCGAGUCUAAUGAGACGUCCGCAACAUCGCGUGCACGGCUACUGUAAUCAGUUGUCUGAGCACCGAUCCAAAGCUUUUUUCAAAAAAAAAAGCGGGAAAGUAAAAUCGCGUUCUUCUUCUAAAGUUGUCACAUCUUUAAUUUUUUUGAGUACACCAUUCGAUUCGCAAUGAAAAACUAUAUAAGAUACUGCUUUUACCUGAAACGUCAUUUUUUACUGCCCCUAUGCCUUUAAAUAGGAAGAAAUACUUUUCAAUUUCAGCAUCGCCAUCCAGUUUUACAGCGAAAAACCAAUUUAUCUCACUGACUAUAUGCCGCUGCGUAUGACCGUCAAUUUGAAUACGCAAAUGACGGGUCUCUGGUCUUAUAAGGUUUGCGUUUUUAAUCUUUUUUAUAAUUUCAUUUCAUUUCAUUAUAAACCAAUUUUGUUAUGCAAGAGAAGUCGACGCGUUUAUUGCCUUGAGACCCAAACCAACAAUCGAGUAAGGAAACGAAAAGAACCGAGGGGCGGCGAUACUUUUGAGGAAGAAGGUCGAGUUGGUGCCUAACUGAGCGGCCGAUCAUCCUUCUGGUGUAGGCGACAACGUUCAGAUGACUGUCGUGCUUCAGAGUGUAGUUGUUGAGAGGCAUGUAGUCGGCCAGCGUGACGGCGUUUUUGGCUCCCUUCGAUUCCUAUUGCGCAUGAGCUGCUGCGUUAGCGCGGUAAUCUACAAUUUUUUUCCCCGAGGGAGCCAUGCUUGAAUGUUUUAAGGAGUAAGCCGGUUAGAAUGAGGCCGUCUACUUGAUAAAAGCCGGAACACUGACAUGAAAUCUGUGGCGGUCGUUCGACAAUCUUUCAGAAAGUCUUAACGGUGUGAAUAAGCCGUAAGCCAUUAAGGCAAAGACCACAUCUAGCCUGAGAGAUGCAGGAAACUUAUAAUGCGUCUGGAAUGAGCCAACUACUUAGAUCUUAAAGUUAAGUUGUGGGAUGAUGGACUAUUUUCAAAGUGCAAGGAUGGAAAGUCGGUAAGACACGGAAUUUCCAUCUGAACAAGCUAGUGUCACCCAAAUCCAAAUCCAAUAGUUCAUCCCAAAAGUCACUCAGAUACUUCCGUCAGGCAAAACGAAUCGGAUGAAUAGAAAAUGCGAAAAUCGCUCAUUAUGCGCUUCGAGAUUACUGUACGCACCAUUCAGCUGUGCGCAACGGUGCAAUCUCGCGUCGCCCUCUUUUUUCUAACAAAAUGAGAUUUAUAAUUUCAUUUCAUUUCAUUAUAAACCAAUUUUGUUAUGCAAGAGAAGUCGACGCGUUUAUUCGGAACAGACAAAGAGGAGCACUGCUUCCUAAAACCAGAUAGAGAAUUUCGUGAAAGGCGAACUUUUCAGUAAUUACACUCUUAAUAUAAAGGGAUGAGCUAUAGCUCAGCUAGUCUGCCUCACUCGAACUCGGUUGAAAUUGCUUCCAAGAGAAUUUCGACUGCAGGAAUCAGGGAAAGCGAACCCUGAUUAAAUACUUCAAAUUUCGACUUAGUAGUUUCGGAAUGCAACUCUCACCAUGGUCGCUUUUGAAAAGUUUUUUGAAUUACAAACGGGUCCUUGAUCUUCUAAACUUUUGGUUGCAGUCAAUUGGGCUAUUUUCUCUUGUUUCUAACAUUGAAAACAGUUCUUCGCAGGACAUAUAUAAGGAUAUAUAUGUAUUUGUAUACACAGUCACACGUUUAUCUUCAACUUUCUGAAGUGAACGUCAAGUUCAGGAUUAGAAUUCCAAGCUGCGGGUCUCUUCGAUUUUGUUUAGAUAAAAAUAAUGAGUGGCGAAAGAAUAAAUACGUGUUAUUGUGAUUAUUGUAUAAUACGACGCCUUUUGUAUCUCUUCUGCUUAUCACACCGGUUAUCAAAGGACGUCAACACCAGAAUUAGUCUUUUCCACAUUCCGCUUUGUUAUCGGAAUUGGCUCAAAAUCUGAGGGCGGGGAAUGGACGGGGUAGAAGGGCAACCAGUUGUCGUCUGUUUCACAUUCAGAACUUUUUAGCAAGGUAACUCAACUUUCAGGACGUGGGGUGGACCUCGUAGAAGGGCUAACAGCUAUCCUCUGUUCCACAUUAAGCUUUCUUCAACGAAUCGAUUAAAAAUUUCGGGGCGAAAAGGGACAGGGUGAACGUGAAAUCGUCGAACCUCAUUCUAUAUGACAGAGUUCGCAAUGGUCUGGCUUCACUUGCCAUCUAUCAGAAAUCCGGUUAGGGCAAGGGUCUUCGCAUCCUAAGCUCCGAACAAGGGGAAAGAGGGGAAAAUAGGAGGAGUAACUUGUUUUGAUUAUAAAAGGGAAAUUUUUUGAAGGACUUUGGACCGAAUGAAACGUAAAAUUAAGUCGGAAUUGGGAACUUCGCCUGAAAUUUUACAAUUGGGGGAUAAGGGUUUCCAAUAAACACUUCACUUUCUUGAUACACCACAUUUUUUUUUUAUGCAACAAGUCUCUUUGUCUCUCUGACUUUGUUCUCGUACUCGUAUCCGAACGAAUGAUUCUUGGGAAGUGACACAGGUCAUUUGUACGCGUUUCUUGAAUGGAGCCGGUGAUAGUUUUUGACUAGGACCGAUAUUAACUAAUUCAGUGUUUUUAAUCAAUAUGAAGGGUGAGAAAGUAAAUAUGAAGAGGACAUUAUUAUGACAAGGUUUUCAGGAUUUCUGAAAUUUCUUAGAGGAAAAGGACAGAGUUAAGACAGAGUUAAGUUAAAAUCCAGCCGUGAAAUUUGAAUUGAAAAACUGAUACGCGAACAGUGGUGAAGGAGAGUCGAAAAAAAAUAUUAAAGUCAGUAUAAAGUGAGAGUACGAAACCCGAUAAAAUUAAUCUCCAACACUGAAUAUAUACUCGGGUAUAUGUGGUACUGUGGAGUUGAAUGGGGGUUUUUUGGCGAAAACGAAACAUUGAGCUUCCAAAAAGCUUCAGAGGGGUUAGAGAACAGAUUGGUAUUAAUUGGAGUGGUAUAGUUUGUGAAUUUCAGUGGCUAAAAACACAACUAAAAAGAUUGGGCUGGGGUGAAACCUUUUGAUUUUUUCAAAAUCAAAAAGAAAACAUUUUUUUCCCAACGAUCAACUUUUUUCCAUGUUGUAAAUACUCCAAUAGGUGGGGGAAAGCAGGGGACCAGAAAGGGUGCCGGGAUGGGAAUAAAAAUGCGAACAAUAAAAUAAAAAUAGUUUAACUCACCGAAAUUUUGGGAAAGGGGCCUUUCCUCAUCCAUCCUUUAACGGUACAGGCCCAUGUCUUCGCGUUUUUCACGCGGAAAAAGGAUACUAUCGCCGCACCGAGGAAGAACCAUACUUCCGUCAGGCAAAACGAAUCGGAUGAAUAGAAAAUGCGAAAAUCGCUCAUUAUGCGCUUCGAGAUUACUGUACGCACCAUUCAGCUGUGCGCAACGGUGCAAUCUCGCGUCGCCCUCUUUUUUCUAACAAAAUGAGAUUUAUGUUUUUUACUUAGCCUCUCCCCAGAGGGGCCACUUAAUCUUGCGGGAAUAGCCCUUAUGUGAAAAGCGCUAUUGCUCAUUGUUAUAAACUAUAUGAGUAGGGGCCGCCAACGAUUUUUCGAAAAUGAGACGAAUCGACUGGAACCUAAAAAGUGACUCAGUGAGAUCCGAACGAAAGAAAUAAAUCCGAUCUCUUCUCGAGACAUUUCGAGUUCAAAAAAAGACUUUCUUACGCAAUAAAAUAAAAAAUAUGGCAUUAUAUAUGACGUUAGUAGGGUGUCCGUUGUUUCGCUGUUUUGUGGUGUUUUUCGCUUCUUCAAGACUUUACUUUUCUAGUUUGUACACAAUGGGUAGGUUAUCAGUAAUUUUCGAAAUUAAACGCAAAUCGAGAUCAGAGCGAGGAUGAUUAUGGAUAAUUAAAUGAUUGUAAGGAGUAGCCAUGUUUCCUAUAAAAAGUAAUUUGGAAGUGUGUGAUUGAUUUCUUUUCCACCCAAGAGUUGAACUCUGGAGGAAAGCCGUACCAACGGACGAGGCACUGCCAUUUUUCAUUUUUGCGUCGUUCUGACGAAAUUCUCUCCACCUUGUAGAAGUCAGAAAAGUCGGUGUAACGCGUCAGCUCUUGUUCGUGAAACUUGCCCUCGAUUGGUAUUUCUGAGAAUUUUCAGUCGGUAGGUGACAAGAUUCGAGGGAACAUUUUCGAAAAUUUUGAAUAGUUUUUGCUGAAUCCCUUCUCAUAUCCUCUAUCAAAAGUUUUGCGUAGUUUGGAUACGCGAACUGUAUCCCCCACGGCGUAGCGAGGUUUUCUAGUUUGUUCGGGAAACUUUUCCUCAAAUUCGCCAUAUGAAACUUGUACAGGCUUCUUUCUAUUCCUCGAUUUACCGAUUAUUCAUUCCGGAAACUAUGGCUGGUAGAGCGUCAAUAUAUCGAUGAGAGUUUGAAAAAAGUCAUGUAUUUGGCCAGGCGAGUUUUCAGUAUACGAUUCGCCCUCUGCACCAUGGCAGCUUUCAGUUCGGUAUGCGGUGUAUGAUGGCGAAUGUGGUGGAAUUUGAAGAGUCUUUGGACUUGACAUGCAAGGUCAUUUUUGCGUAGGGUUUGGAAUUUUCUAUAAACUUGCUCAAAGGAUCUUUGAUGGACUGGGAUUCGAUCCCGCAUAGUCGCUAUCUGCGCAAACUUUUCGCUUUGGAGAUAUGAAAGUUUAAAGCUUUCAUCCUUAAACACGUGACACUGUUUGCAAGGAAUGUGUACGCGCAACCAGCCAUUGCAUGGCAGCUAGGAGCGUGAUGCAGUGGCUAGCGCAGUAGCCUGCGAAGCCUAUGAAGAAGGUUCGAAUAUUUUUGCGGCUAUCGAUUUUUGCCAUUAAUUUUUUUGACGGAUCAUGAUGAACAUGUCGAAAUUUCAUGAAUAAAAACGUUCCAAAAUCGUUCAAUGGUCAUUCUCUUCCAAAAAUAACUUUCUUGACAAAUUUUGAAAAAUUUUCGAAAAUUUCUUGGAGUUCUGGUCGACCAUCAAAUCAUCAGAGACUUUUUUUUUUGAAGAUAAGCAGAAUCCCUUUGAAAAAAGCGCUAAAUUAUCAUCAAAGAUCUUCGCACGCCCUGUUUGAAAUAAAUAAGAGCUUGGUAGCAUUUCACUAUGUCAAAAAGCAACUAUUGUUUUUUUUUGCUACGGAAAAGUCCAAACAAAAUAUGAAUAAAUACCUGGUAAACGAGCUUUAUUGAAACAUUUUCUUCAAGUUUUCAUUUUUAUUUCAUUAAAAGUGAUUUUCCCCAAAAAUUCGUAGACUAAAACGUUUUUGCAAAUAAAGUUGAAGAAAAAGUAUUUUUUUUAUGAUGUUAAGCAUGCCACAACUUCAAUAAAAGAGGAGAAAGUGGCCAUCGAAAUUUUGGAACAUUUGAUUUAUGAAAUUUCGACAUGUUCAUCAUGAUCCGUCAAAAAAAGUAAUGGCAAAAAUCGAUAGCCGCAAAAAGGUUCGAACCUUCAUCAUAGGCUCCGCAGGCUGCUGCGCUAGCCACUGCACCACGCUCCUAGCUGCAAUCAGUGCUGCUGACAGGGCACCCCGGGUCGCCCCGGUGCGCCCGGCUGUUUUGAGCAGUUUUCCCGGGGCGCCCCGCCCCGCUGAGUAGAUAAGUUAAAAUGACGUUAAAGUGAAAAAAUCCGCAGAGUACCGACUAAUAAAGAAAUCUAACGGUCGAAGAAAAUGAAAAUUCAUUUAUACCAUUGAGUAACCGUGGAGAAAUCUUCUAGCAGUGUGACCGCUUCGCGGGGCGGGGCGCCCCGGAGCGCGUUGUCUUCGCCCCGGUCUGGUCAGCAGCUCUGGCGUCAAUGGCUGGUUGCGCGUACACAUUCCUUGCAAACAGUGUCACGUGUUCAAGGAUAAAAACUUAAAAAUUCAUAUCUCCAAACGAAAAGUUUGCGCAUAUAGCGAUUGCGGGUCCAUCAAAGAUCCUUUGAGCAAAUUUAUAGAAAAUUGCGAACCCUACGCAAAAAUGAUCUUCCAUGUGAGCGUUAAAAAAGAUUCUUUACCCUUAUUCGUCACAAUCUCUAGCGGUUUUCGUUCUUUAAGCAGGCAAAGCUCAUUAAAAGCUCGCACCAUUUCCAAAGCACUCUUGUUUUUCAAUGGAAUCACACGUAGAUAGCGGCUAUAGACGUCGAUGGCCACUAGUAAAAAUGUAUGGCCAUCAUUAGCCUCUUUAAACAUGCAAUAAUCGACCAAAUCGCACUGCCAGCACCAGUCUAGACCUACUCUUCGGGUUUUAAACGGAAAAAACGUUUCCGAACAGGCUCAUGAAGGUUACAAAAGUAUUCACUCUCGAGUUCAAGUCGGCGUCACGCAAAAUCGGAUCCAUUUUCAUGAUGGAUACUAAUCAAGCGGAUCUUUUUUAAUGUUUUCGUAUAGCCGAUGUGCCACGACUUGAAAUUUCUGCGCACACGCUACGCGUCCCGCCCUCUGCCCCGCCUCCCUCCCCUUUUUUCGGGAAAAAAUGAUCAUAUCGGCACGCGUCGGAAUGUUUUAUUAAAAGCCUUUGGGCCGCCUGGAGGACUUUGUCCAGUGUUUAAGUGGAGCGCGAAUAGCUGUAAUAAGCUAUGAGCUCCUAAACAUGUUUGAUUUUCAGCAUAAAAGUAUAAAUGUUCGAUUCGUCUCAUUGAGAUACGUACAAAUAUCAUAAAAAAAUUAUUGGGCGCUUAGAAAAAAAUUGAAGAUAAAUUUGAUUAUUUUUUUCAAUCAAGUAUUUAUUCUCAAGGAUAAAAAGUGUUUGCUUCUUCUUUUUCAUACACAUUAAUUAUUACAUUCCUUAAAAAAUAGGCUUAGUAAAGGCUUCGCACAUUGUCAAAAGUUCAGCUGUGUCUAUACGCGUUAAUUACACUCGCGGAGACCCCGUGUUAGCACGGCUGGGCUACCCUCAUCAGCAUGUGAGAUGUUUCUCAGUGAAGCAACCUCCCGAAGCGAUUUCCCGUAUCCAAAAUGUUUACAAUCUCUUUCAUUACACAGAUUUAUCAAGGAUGGAGCAUCGGAAAAAUCAAAAAAUCUUCGAUCAAAAGCGGAAGAGACUUCGAAAUCAAGAUUAUGUUUCGGAAAGUUUAAGAUGUAUUGUAAAAAGUAUAUUUCAGAGCUGGCCAAAAGGAUUACCUGAUUUUCAUCAACGGAAAGUUCUUCGACACUUUUACUUAUCGUGUAGGCUACCACAUCAGCACGUGUUACAUCACAAUUGAAGGGCCAAUCCAAUUCACCGGCGCCACAAAGUAAAAUAACUUUUCACGGGUAAAGUCUAAAAGCACCAAAAAAAAAAGCUUUGCGAGAAAGUCCGUUCGCCGCGACUUGAAAGUUUUCGAGCGUCUGCGUCUCUCUGUUCCCUCACCCGCGAGGUCAAAAAAACAUGAAAAUCACGGUGUUCCGCGCAAUGAAAAAAAAAAUGCGAAAUUUUGGGUCCCAGCGGCAUCUCGGAAAAAUAUUAUCAGUAACCCAUUAUUGCGCCUUUCAUGGUUUCUGAUACAAACAUUGAAAUUCUUCACUUUUUUCAUUGGUUUUUUGCAUUUUUCUAUUUCUUGCAUUUAUGGGAUCCGCCUUUCUAUGGGUAUCUCAUGUGGAGCUUUAAAUUGCGCACUUUUCUAUAGUCUAUGUUUCCCGACUUGAAAGGCGAGGGAGGCGGGCCAAGGGGCGGGACGCGUAGCGUGUGCGUGCGCGGUUCUUGGCACGUGUUCAAUUCAACCGCCAGCGAGCAUUCAGAGAGCUUAUUUAUCGUUCUUUUAACUCCUUUUUUUAAUUAUUUAUUGAUUAUGUUCAAGUGUGCAUCAAAAAUAGUAGAAAAAACAGAAAAAGAGCGGUUGCCGAGCUUUUUGAUUUGUCGGCGGCGAAUGAAUUGAACUGGUGCCAAGAACCGCGCACGCACACGCUACGCGUCCCGCCCCUCGCCACGCCUCCCUCGCCUUUCAAGUCGGGAAACAUUGACUAUAAACCGGUUUCAGAUUUUUAACUUUUUCUCAAAAGUGGUCAAGAUCUUUCUAAAAAUCCCAAUUUUUCAAAAGUUCGAAAUCUGUUCCGCGACAUGAAAAGAGUCACUCUAAUUGGGAAACUAUGGUUUUUAAUCUAAUCAGUUAUUUUUUAUGCAAAAUGUGGAUUUGUAAAAGAGGUUAAAUGCGAUUGUUCCUGUAUUCUUUCUGCUCUCUUCUUUCUUCACGGCGUUCUUGUCAGUGAAAUAAAAUGCAAAAAAAAAUACCAGGAGCGGGCCUUCUUAAAUCGUACGACUACAGUAGUUUUUAUCUGUUCAGGACCCGUUUUUGGAUUACAAGACCUACCCUAUAAAGUUCUCUCUCAAGAUUUACUGAAAGAGUUAAUUGAAAAAAAGCAUAUAUUUUUGGCUUUUUACUUUAUUAAUAUUUCGUUUCACGUUUUUUUCUAAAAGUACAAGUUAUUAUCCAGUUCCUUUGACGUAGUUUGAAACCGGUUUCGUGUAAAUUAGUGCCAAGUUGAAUUUGCUGAUGCAGUUUGAAGGCUUUUGUUAUAUGAAUCAUCAAAAUUAUUUUUCUAGUUUUUUUGAUGGUUUUUUUCGUAUUUGAACAAACAUUUCGCUAUACGAGGUUUUUUCUAAAAUUUCUGCUUUUUUUAUCCAUUAUUGGUUUUUUUCUAGAGCUAGGUUUUUUAUUUUUCUGAUUCAUUUUCAUAAUAUUUUUUGUUUUUAUUUUGUAAUCAAUGAUUUAGAGUUUUCCCCUUUCAAAAUCGUUCCUAAAUGUUUUUUAACGAGAGUGAAUGUUUUUUUUUACAUCAUAUUCUUCAAACUGACGAAAAGAACAUUUCAGGAGCUAUCCAAAAAUUGCAAAUUCAAAAAACGCCGUGAAAUGGCAUGUUACAAUGAGAGGGUCCCCGAGAGACAAAAGAGCGCAGAGAAGUCCCGCCCUUUCAAGUCGCGAAAAAUGGACUAUACUAAUACAGUAUCAAGUCGGCUCGCAAAACUUUAGUUGAUCACGCUUUUUCUUCUAAUCUUGGCGAUUUCGGACCCAGCUUUCAACGAUUUUCGUUUUUCUCCGAGCUAGAGAGCCCUUAUAUUAAAUGCGCGCGGCCUGUCUCUGCGCAUACACCUUUUGAUGAUCCUCGAAAAUACCGUUUUAAAAAAGGAGUAUGUACAGUACUCAGCAAGUACAGCCACCGGUAUUUGUACAGAUUGCCUCACCGUAAAUCGACCCCAGAUUUCUCAACGGGGCGCGCUUUCUUCCAUCCCAUUUUUUUCUUUUUCGUUUCUUCAUUGCAAAUAUGUUUCUUCUAGUUUUUUCUACUAUUUCUAUUGUUAUUCAUUUUCACCUUGUCGUAUCGUACUUUCAUAGAGCUGAGAUUUAAUUUUUGAGAUUUUCGAAUCUUUAAUUCUUGAAAAAUAUGCCUCAGUUUAGGUUUUUUUUUUCUGCAAGUAUGCGCUGUGUUUCAAAACAUCCAAUAGUCAGUGUCAUGUGAAAUAAGGAACGUGGAAAAAUCAUCAGAUUUUUCAAAAAAAAAAUUUCGGGGUCAAGAUAUGACCUUUCGAAGCGCAGCCGCAUACAAGAGAAUGCGCGCGCGGUGUGGUACUGUGAUCUGGCGACUGCCGAAGCAACGGCAGCGAGGAGCAGUGGUAAAGCGGCGGACCGGUACUAGCGAGGUGCAUUUUGAAUGUGACUUUGCCAGACCUGGGAAAGUCUGUAUAGGUCAUUCCGCGCCAGCUUGUCACGAUUUCCAGUUUAUUUUGAGCUACAGUAGCCAUUUCGGCGCUUCGCUUCGAUGCUCUCGGUGUGCCCCCUUGCGUGCGCCUUUAAUAAAAACUCAUUAUUUCCGAAUUUUUGGAAUUUUUCUUAUUCUACAAAAAAACAGUUGUAACAUUAAAUUUUUAUAUUAAACUAACCCAAAAAAAUAAUAUGCAAAAAAAGCUCGAACAGUCGGUUUCAUUAAUAACAAUCAAAAAUUAAUAAAUUAAUCUUUUUGAUUUUUCUUUUUACAAAUCCAGCACAGAAUCUGAGUGUGUAUAGUUGAAGCGAAAAAUGAAAUCAAUCCAAUGAAAAAAACCUCGUAAAUUAAUAAAAGAGAUAGCGGAAAUUGAAGCAAUAUCUUGAUCAAAAAAAUAAUGUUUUAUUAAAGGCGCACGCAGGGGGAACACCGAGAGCAUCGAAGCGAAGCCCAGAAAGGGGUUCUGUAGCUCCGAGGAAAAUUAAAAUCGUGACAAGCUGGCGCGGAAUGACCUAUAUUUGCAAAGGAGGAAUAUACGUUCAUCAUGACCUCAAAACUGAUGAGAACGAAACCGCUUGAAAAAAUUGUUAUGCUUAGAAUUCGAAUUUUGUAAUAAUUUCACUGAACGAAUAAAAUAUUCAAAAAUCUCAAAAAUUAAAUCUUAGCUCUAUCAAAGUACGAUACGACAACGGGGAAAUGAAUAAAAAUAUAUUGCAAACAUGCAUCCUCCAACCGUAGUCCGCUGUUAGAACUUUUACAUCAGGGCACAUUUUAUCGCAUGCCAAUUUUUCUCUUCACGUCCACCCUUUUCAAAACGCCGUGCAAUAGAAAGAGUAGAAAAACUGGAAGAGAAGCAUAUUUGCAAUGAAGAAACGAAAAAGGAACAAACGGGAUGGAAGAAAGCGCGCCCCGUUGAGAAAUCUGGGGUCGAUUUACCGUGAGGCAAUCUGUACAAAUACCGGUGGCUAGCAAGUACUCAAUUCAAAUGGCGCACGGUGCAUUUUGCCUUUUAGCGCUUUGCACAAUUGGGGUCUGCACUUUGCGAUUUUGGUGAUUUUUCGAUGCUAAGGUGCCAAAUCAGUUCUUUUAGCUUGCGGCAAAAGUACGACACAAAAAAACAGCGAAACUUCACGGUGCAGACUCAACUUAUGCACUAGAGUGCAAAAAAAGCAGAAUGCACCGUGCGCCUUCCUUGCUGAGUAGUAGGCCACACGCAAAACCUGUGAAAAACUGUUUUCCUCCUUCGAAGACUUGAUAUCGAAUAGAGAUAAAGAAGGACAUUUCAGGAAGUGUGAAAAUUCAUCAUUCCCAGAUAAUACGGAUGACCAACAAUUAAUCGCGAUUGAAGACGGAACAAUUUAUAGCUACGGUGAGUUGAACACCUCGGAAUCGAUUGACGAGCUCAAAAAAUUACUGCCCAUAGUUCCUGAGAAAAUGCUGAAGUAAAAACUUUUUGGCGAGCAACUAUUUUCAGCUCAAUACUCAUAAUUCAAUUUUAGUCGAUUCAAAAUCGGUUUCAACUUUAUUUUCAACUGAGUUCCGUUACUUUUUUUGGAGAAGUGGGCAGCACACGUUCAUUUCAACCGUCACCGACUACUUUGAGAGUUCAAUUUGUAGAUCAAACACAGUGAGAGAAUAAAUACAAAAACAGCGGUGACCGUACUAUUUAAAUAGUCGGUGACGUUCGAAUUGAACUAGUGCCAAGAACCGCGUAUGCGCACGCCAUGCGUCAUACACACUUCUGCGCCUCCCUCGCCUUUCAACUCGGGAAGCAUUGAUUAUGAUGUCAUAUUUGAGGAAUACGACAGUAGAAGUUUUGUUUUAUCUUCGAUACUUUUUUCAAAGUGAACGCAGGUUUGAUUCGAAAAUUUUCCGUCAAAAAAAAAAUUGAGAGAAUAAACCCCUUGGUGAUGGAACUUAAUUCUACAAAGUUUCGAACUUGUUUUAUUCAAUUUUUUUUAAGUCAAUGUUUUUCCAGUGGGCCCUUUUGGGGGCAUCUCGUCAUUCAAGCCGAAAGAGUCGCAUGACCACAAAUAG